UUGGUCUAAGUUGGGCUAUCCGGUACCGGUAGACCCGCAAAGACUAUUGUGUUCAUCUUUCAAUUUUUCUUCGACACAGAGCAUCGUCGUCUCCGAUCAAUCCCCUUUCUUGAUCGCCACCUUCAAUCUCUCUAGAUAUCUAUAUAUAUUUAUCUAUUCUGUGUAGGGUGAAGCUGAGCUGAACUGUAUCUUGCUUAUAUCUUUCGGGGACAAUAUGCAGCAAGCUGUUCAGUCAAGGUCCUUUGCCAAUGGAUUUGGCAGUCGCAAAGGCGAAAAAGAAUUGGGGACAAGGUUGGAGAGUAAAAUGCAGUCUACAAAAACGACUUCCAGCAAGUCGACAGCUGUAGGUAAAGGGGGAUCAUAUGAAAGUCCUUCACAUGAUCGACUAGUUUAUUUUAGUACAUGUCUUCUUGGACAUCAAGUGGAAGUACAAACAACGGAUGGAUCUGUGUUUUCAGGGAUAUUUCAUGCAACAAAUGCUGACAAAGAUUUUGGUAUUAUUCUGAAACUGGCCCACUUGAUAAAAGAUGGUUCCCAGGAGAGUAAGAAUACUCCUGAAUCUCUGGUCAAACCUCCAAGUAAGACUUUGAUUAUACCGGGUAAAGAGCUUGUGCAAGUUUUAGCAAAGGGUGUUCCUGCCUCUUUAGAUGUCUUCAGAGCUGAAUUGCUGCGGGAAAAACAGCUGGAACUGUUGACAGAUUCCUGCAUAUCACAGUCCCGGCAUGGUGAGGUAGAGCGGCAGUUGGAACGUUGGGUGCCUGAUGAUGAUGCUCUUGAAUGUCCUGAGUUGGAUAACAUAUUUGACGGCCACUGGAACAGGGGCUGGGAUCAAUUUCAGGCCAAUGAAACACUAUUUGGAGUAAAAAGCACAUUCAACGAGGAACUUUAUACUACAAAGCUUGACAAAGGUCCUCAAAUGAGGGAGUUGGAAAAAGAAGCUUUAAGAAUAGCUAGGGAAAUCGAGGGUGAGGAAACACGUGAUCUUCAUCUAGCAGAGGAGAGAGGAAUUCAACUUCAUGGGAGCCUCGAAAUUGAUGAAGAAACCAGAUUUUCAGCAGUUGUUAGAGGGGUUGAUGAUAGUGGAUAUGGUGAUUGUGAGGACAUACUGUUGGAUUCACGUAAUGAUGAAACAUUUCAAUGUAUCUCUAGUUCUUCUAUGGGGAAGUCAUUCACUGGUAUGAGUGUUGGGGAAGUUGUUGACGGUGUGGAAUUCUCAUCAAGAUCUUCCUCUUUGGAUGAAUUGCAAUUAUCUCAGUUGAGUACCAGCAGGGAUGUCUAUCAGACUUACUAUGAUGAUCAUAGCAAACAGUCAUCAGCUAAACAUGUUCCUCAAAGUGCCUCGAAGAUGGAUGAGAGCAGGGGGCACAAGAUCACGUUCAAUGAACAUGAUGGAGCUAGUUGCAAUGAAGAGGAGACGAGAAUGCAAAUGUUAGCUGAAGGGGCGCAUACAUCGAUACCUGAAGAUUCAAAGUCAUCACUAAGAGUGAAAAUGGAAACCUUGGAUAAGGGUGUGUCAUCUAUGGAUGCCUCUGCAUUGGCCCCCCUUCCUGAAUUCCAGGAAAAGAUCACAGGUUCUUUUAGUGAAAAGGGGGCUGUUGGGUCUUCCAAGAGUCGAGACAACACCCGAUCUGUUAAUUCUUGUGUCAGACCUAGCAGUUCUGCUUUAUCCUCUAUUGAUAGAGCAGGUGCUGCAUCUAGCAAUGGAUUAUCACGUAGCUCUUCCGUGAGUUCAUUAUCUUCAGAAAAAUCCACGAAGUCCACAUUAAAUCCACAUGCUAAGGAAUUUAAAUUUAAUCCCAGUGCGAAGAGCUUUGUCCCAUCUCAAGCGACUUUGAGGCCGACAUCUCCAGUGUCUGAUAAUUCCUUCUACUAUCCAGCUGGGAUGGCUGCUAUGCCACACAUGCAUGGCAUGUCUAUGGGCUUAGGGGUUGGUCCAUCGUUUGCUGGACAUCAGUCUGUUGUAUAUAAUCCACAGGGUACCCCUGCGCCACAGCCAUAUUUUCAUCCAAAUGGACCUCAGUAUGGACAGCAGAUGAUGAUUGGUCACCCUCGGCAAGUUGUCUACAUGCCAACUUAUCCCCCUGAGUCGCCGUACAAGGGAAGGGGAGAGUAUUGACCAGUUCAUGGUUAUCUGCAUCGCUUGGUGGCUUAACCCUUUGCUGAUAUUGGAAACAAAAUUCUGACAGUAGAUUGCAUGGAUCAUUUAUUGGUGCAUAAAGUCUUCUGAUAAAAUAGCUGCAAUCUGCACCUGCUGGCUGAAAUGGUUUUGUUAGCACUCCUGUAUAAUGACGAAUUAAUUAUUCUGCUUUUCAUAAUCGUAGUGUUCUAGCUCUUAGGUGUUCUUUGUCAUCAUACUACAGAUUAUUUUUCAUCUUUUGGUUUGUUCAACUUUUUUUUUCCUUGGAAAAUAUUUAACCAGCCUCCUAUAUUGUCUUAUACAUGAUAAUUUGGUGUGUAAAAUGAUGGUUCUAUGGACGAAUUUUGCAGUUCUUGUCAA